AUGGACAGUAGCACAUGUGGAAUCAAACAGAAUACACAUUUGGCUGCACUCAUGCAAGAAGCAAAACUAAUAAUAUGGGAUGAAGCCCCAAUGACACAAAAGUAUGCUUUUGAGGCACUGGAUAAAACGUUGAAAGAUAUACUGGGUUUAAACAAAGCAGAGAAUAAGAAGCUGAUAUUUGGUGGGUUGACAGUCUUACUUGGCGGUGAUUUUAGGCAAAUUCUGCCAGUGAUCCCCAAAGGACAACGCCAAGAAAUUGUCCACUCCUGUAUUAAAAAGUCUAUUCUAUGGAAGCACUGUCAACUUUACACACUUUCCAGGAGUAUGCGUGUAAAUGAGUACUCUCCAACAGGGGAACUUGAUAGAAGCAAGCAACAAUUCAAUAAAUGGGUCCUUGAUAUUGGAGAUGGUGUUGUUGAAGCAAAAGUAAAAGAAGGGGAGGAUGAACCCACUUGGAUCAACAUUCCAAGAAGAUUCAUCAUCCCAUGUUCUGCAUCUCUAAUUGAAGAUAUCAUCAACACUACAUUCCCUGACUUUGAUGAAAAGAAAGAUGAUGAACAGUAUCUUAGAGAAAGAGCCAUACUAACUCCCAAAAACUCUGAUGCAGAUGAGAUCAACAAACAUAUGUUUGAGAAACUAAACAGGCCGGCUCAAACUUACAAAAGCUCAGAUGAAGUGUACCGAGCUUCAACAGAAACAUUGGAACAAGAAGAAAUGUAUCCAAUUGAGUUCUUAAACUCAUUGAAUUUCCCAGGGAUGCCACCACAUGAAUUGACUCUUAAAGAAGGCUUACCAGUUAUGCUUUUACGAAAUGUCAAUCCAAGCCAAGGUUCAUGCAAUGGCACACGAAUGAUAAUCACAGACCUUGGCAAGUUUGUGAUUAAGGCAAGGAUAAUAACAGGGUCAAAUUUAGGAUCGACAGCAUUGAUUCCAAGAAUAGUACUAACAUCAACAACUUCAAAGUGGCCAUUUAUAAUGAAAAGAAGACAAUUUCCCGUGAAAGCCUGCUAUGCAAUGACCAUCAAUAAAAGUCAGGGACAAUCACUAAGCCAUGUUGGGUUGUAUUUGUCAAAUCCAGUUUUCAGCCACGGUCAGCUCUAUGUUGCUCUAUCUAGAGUUACCCGACCCGAAGGGCUAAAAAUUCUAAUAGUGAAUGAUGAUGAUGUACGCCUCAAGAAUCAUGCACGUAAUAUUGUAUAUAAGGAGGCUUUCAAUAAUUUGUAUCAACUUAAUUAA